AUGGAUGCUGCGGGAAGGGGCUGCCAUUUGCUGCCCCUGCCAGCGGCGCGCGGACCUGCUCGCUCUCCUGCAGUGGCGGCCGCCGCCCGCGCCGUCAGCCGGCCGGGCCUCUGCAGCGCCGCCGCCUCGGCUCCCUGCGCGGCCGCCGGAGCGGUCGCCAUGAACCCCAGCUCCUCGGCGGGAGAGGAGAAGGGGGCGACGGGCGGCGGCAGCAGCAGCGGAAGCGGCGCCGGGAGCUGCUGCCUGGGCGCCGAGGGCGGCGCAGACCCGCGGGGCGCGGGGGCAGCGGCGGCGGCGGGGGCCGCUGCCCUGGAAGAGCCCGCGGCCGCCGGCCCGAAGGAGAAGGACGAGGCGCUGGAGGAGAAGCUGAGGAACUUAACUUUCCGGAAGCAGGUCUCUUACAGGAAAGCAAUCUCCCGGGCAGGCCUGCAGCACCUGGCUCCUGCACAUCCCCUCAGCCUUCCUGUGGCAAAUGGUCCAGCGAAGGAGCCCAGAGCGACUCUGGACUGGAGUGAGAAUGCCGUGAACGGAGAGCACCUGUGGCUGGAGACCAACGUCUCAGGAGACCUGUGUUACCUGGGAGAGGAGAACUGCCAAGUCAGAUUUGCAAAAUCGGCCCUGAGGAGGAAGUGUGCGGUCUGUAAAAUCGUCGUCCACACCGCCUGCAUUGAACAGCUAGAAAAGAUUAAUUUCAGAUGUAAGCCAACAUUUCGAGAAGGGGGCUCAAGAUCACCAAGAGAAAACUUUGUGCGUCAUCACUGGGUACACAGGCGUCGACAGGAGGGAAAAUGUAAGCAGUGUGGUAAGGGCUUCCAGCAAAAAUUCUCCUUCCACAGUAAAGAGAUUGUGGCUAUCAGCUGUUCCUGGUGCAAGCAGGCGUUUCACAAUAAGGUGACCUGCUUCAUGCUGCAUCACAUUGAGGAACCCUGCUCCCUGGGGGCUCAUGCUGCUGUAAUUGUCCCGCCCACCUGGAUCAUUAAGGUGAAGAAACCUCAGAACUCGCUGAAGGCUUCAAACCGGAAGAAGAAGAGGACAAGCUUUAAAAGAAAAGCCAGUAAAAGAGGGACUGAACAGGAAAACAAAGGUCGUCCUUUUGUGAUAAAACCUAUCUCUUCUCCUCUCAUGAAACCCUUGCUUGUGUUUGUGAACCCCAAGAGUGGAGGCAACCAGGGAACCAAAGUCCUGCAGAUGUUCAUGUGGUACCUGAAUCCACGGCAGGUGUUUGAUCUUUCUCAGGAAGGGCCCAAAGAUGCGCUUGAGUUGUAUAGGAAAGUACCAAAUCUGCGAAUUCUGGCCUGUGGUGGGGAUGGAACGGUGGGCUGGAUCCUUUCUAUUCUGGAUGAACUACAGCUGAGCCCUCAGCCUCCCGUCGGGGUCCUUCCUCUGGGGACUGGGAAUGACCUGGCUCGAACUCUCAACUGGGGAGGGGGCUACACUGAUGAACCCGUCUCUAAGAUCCUCUGCCAAGUGGAAGAUGGGACAAUUGUACAGCUAGAUCGCUGGAACCUCCAUGUGGAAAGAAACCCAGACUUGCCUCCAGAAGAACUUGAAGAUGGCGUCUGUAAGCUUCCUCUGAAUGUUUUCAAUAAUUACUUCAGCCUUGGAUUUGAUGCCCACGUCACACUGGAGUUCCAUGAAUCCAGAGAAGCAAAUCCUGAGAAAUUCAACAGUCGUUUUCGAAAUAAAAUGUUCUAUGCAGGAGCGGCUUUUUCUGAUUUCCUACAGAGAAGUUCUAGAGAUCUAUCCAAACAUGUUAAAGUUGUUUGUGAUGGAACAGAUCUCACUCCAAAGAUUCAGGAACUGAAGUUCCAGUGUAUAGUAUUUUUAAAUAUACCCAGAUAUUGUGCUGGCACAAUGCCCUGGGGGAACCCAGGAGAUCACCAUGAUUUUGAACCUCAGCGUCAUGAUGAUGGUUAUAUUGAAGUCAUUGGAUUCACUAUGGCAUCUUUGGCUGCACUGCAAGUUGGAGGCCACGGGGAAAGGCUACACCAGUGUCGGGAGGUCAUGCUGCUCACUUACAAAUCCAUCCCCAUGCAAGUGGAUGGGGAGCCCUGUAGGUUGGCCCCAGCUAUGAUUCGGAUCUCCUUGAGGAAUCAAGCCAACAUGGUACAGAAGAGCAAGAGGAGAACAUCCAUGCCUUUACUCAAUGACAUCCAUCAGGUGGCAGCUGCCGACCUGCGGAGAGUGUCUGCUCCCCCGGGCUCCUUCACCACUCCCCAGUCUGUCCCAGACCGCCUGAGGAUCCGGGUGAACAAAAUCAGUUUACAAGACUAUGAAGGAUUCCACUAUGACAAAGAGAAACUUCGGGAAGCUUCUAUCCCUCUGGGUAUUCUAGUUGUGCGCGGAGACUGUGAUUUGGAGACUUGCCGUAUGUACAUAGACCGCCUACAGGAGGACCUGCAGUCAGUUUCUUCUGGCUACCAGAGAGUUCAUUACCAGGACCACGAAACCUCCUUCCCCAGGGCGCUCUCAGCUCAGAGACUCUCCCCACGGUGGUGCUUUCUAGAUGCAACUUCUGCUGAUCGCUUUUACCGAAUAGACAGAUCUCAGGAACAUUUGCACUUUGUGAUGGAGAUUUCCCAAGACGAGAUUUUUAUUCUGGAUCCAGAUAUGGUGUUGUCACAGCAGGCGGGGACACCUCCAGGAAUGCCUGACCUGGUGGUGGAGCAAGCCUCAGGAAUGUCCGACUGGUGGAAUCCCGCCCUACGGAAGCGCAUGCUGAGCGACAGCGGGCUGGGAACGAUAACCCCACAUUAUGAGGACUCGGAUUUGAGAGAUCUCAGCCACUCCCGUGUGCUACAGUCACCAAUUUCUUCAGAAGAUCACGCAAUUUUGCAGGCAGUAAUAGCUGGUGAUCUUAUGAAGCUAAUGGAAAGCUAUAAAAAUGGAGGCAGUCUGCUAAUUCAGGGGCCGGACCACUGCUCCCUUCUCCACCACGCAGCCAAAACCGGCCACGGGGAGAUCGUGAAGUAUAUCCUGGACCACGGACCUCCCGAGUUAUUGGAUAUGGCAGACAGCGAAACGGGUGAGACCGCCCUGCACAAGGCUGCCUGCCAGCGGAACCGGGCCGUGUGCCAGCUUCUGGUGGAUGCGGGGGCAUCUCUGAGAAAGACGGACUCCAAGGGGAAGACACCUCAAGACAGAGCACAGCAGGCUGGAGACCCAGAUUUGGCUGCAUACCUAGAAAGCCGCCAGAACUAUAAGAUCAUUGGCCACGAGGACCUGGAAACUGCUGUUUGACCCUGGUAGAUUGCAAAGAGAACCUGAGCAAGUGUAUCACCUGUGCCCUCCCGGCGAUUGGGCAGCUCCCCUGGAAGAAGCUGAUGGAAUCCACAAAUCUGUCUCUCUCUGCAAGAAUCUAUCUGAGACCAUGCCACCAGUUAUUAAGGGCUACCAGGAUGUCCAACAGAACACGAUAGCCCACUGAGGAAGAGACAGGGUACCCGGAGAUUUGUGGAAUACACAUUCCACAAAAUUUGAUCCUUAUUGCUUCCAGCAAGUAGCAUGAACUUCUGUGUUCACCUGUAUAAUUUAUUUUCGAGAUUCAGAGGAUGUUCAUACAAAUGGCACUGCUCCCUCCUCCCCCUAUGCAUUCACGAUUCCUCUGUACCACACAAUUCUACUGCAACUACCCAUCAUUCAAAAAAAAAAAAAAUAAGUAAAUACAAUUUGCUCUCUCUACAUUCAGCCUUUGAAGACCACAAGACACGCUGGAGGUCUCUGAAAACCCUCUGGAUGUCCUGCAGAAACACAACUGUAAAGCUGCUUCUGUUUCCAAGAUGAAAUAUACCGACACUAUUACUGACUGUUUGCAUGUCUCCCCUGCCCUCCCCCCUCAUCCCUUGUCAUUCUGUAGGAGCUGGGACGUGCCACAUGGAUAAUGUCAACUUGUGUGCUGUACCUCUGAGGUAUGGUGAGGUGGCAUGGGAGGGGACCCAGGGCCCGGCCCUGGGGGCAGGGCUGUUGCUGAUAGCCAUGAAGGACUGGUUCAGCUUGGGCUGUUUGCGCAGCCCCAUACUGCCUACGUGUAGCCAUCUUUGCCUUUUGCUGCGAUGUAGACGAUAAGAGACCAACACAGGAUUAAACGAAGGCCCUCGGCUGGUUUGGUGGAACCGCUGGAUUUUAAGUGCAGUUGAAGGUGCUGAGCAGAAAACCACGUGUGGGGACUGUGGUUCCAGGAAAUGGAGCACUGUGACUGCGUUCCCUUCCAGACUUUCUCAAGUGAUAAUAGAAAGCAGGCUAACUGACUUGAAAUAAAACAGCCAAUGCAAAAGUAGCAACAUAUGUCAAAAUAACUCACUUAAGCAAGAAAACAGUUGGCGGGCAUGUUGCACAGAGGCUAAUAAGUAGAGACUCUUGGGUGUAGUGGUGAGAGGGGGCCCAUUUUAGGUUUUCCUUCUAAGUGUUUGGUUUUCAUUACCCCGAGUAAGCCUUGUCCCAAGGACAAAGCCUUGUUUUAUGAGUUCCACUGCUGGAUUUCCAGGACGGCUGGAUCUUCCCGAUGGACACCUCACCUUUUACUUGUCAGGUCCCAAGAUUGUACCUGAUAGCACUGUAACCCCAUUUCUUACGUACGGGGUUGUCUAAUCUUUUCUCCGUUUCCCCCUACCAGGAAAUUCUUAGUACAAAACCACUGUGGGAGCUGAGCCAGAAAUGUGUCUCUGGCGUUGGAAUUACAACUUCGAAUCCUGCCACGGAUCAGUUGGUACUUACAGGUCCCUCUAGUAGGGACUCUGUGAUAACUAAAAGAGCAGGAGGAAAAGGCUCCUAACUUUCAGUGAAGAGGUCUACUUGACGUGGGUAGGAGUCAGAAACACAAGUGGGUGAUCCAAAGUUGUUUCAGACUAAAGCUGAGGUCUUCUGAGCUUUCUUCCAUUUUGCUCUUAGACACAAGCAAAGUGCUUCCCUGGUGUCUCUGCAUGUGAACACAUAAAUGAUCGUAUUUCUUUCUGCAUUUACUUUAAAGGUCCAGUGGUGACACACUGCUUACCUGAAUUGCAUUUUGGUCACCUAUCAUUUUGAGAGGACAGAUAUGAGUACUGUACUAAGGAGGAAGAGCUUCUCUGUGGGUGGGGAUGAAGCACCUCCCUAGCCUUUUCAAAAUCCAAUUGUUGGUGUUAUUUCCAGCGGGGGGAGAAUAGGUUGGUUAUGAGUAAUUCACUUCCAUCUGUCAGUCUUAGAAAUGGAAUUAUCUGUUGGGUUUUAUGGGGAGGUAAGGAGGACGGCAAUAGAUUGUUUCCAGAAACUGGAAAAAAAUAGGCUCCAGGAGAAUUUAAUCACUGGGCUUCAUCUGGGAGUCUUUCAGUUGGUGGGACUGUCAAAGAGAUGUUGUGAUGACAGAAAUAUAAUCCUUAAAACAGACUGGAAUCUGGCUUUGAAUGGUGCCUUCCAUUCCCUAGAUUAAGCCAAACAGUUGGCCACACAGUCAGUUACCCAGCUGCCAUUUCUGGGAUAAAGGACUAUUUUCACCAACUACCAUCUCAUAUUUCUUUGUGAUGCUUCAAAGCAGCCCAGAGAAAACUUAGGGUAUAGAUGGCUACAGGCCAAUUUAAAUAGGUCCAACUGAAGUCACAAGUAAAUUCCUGGUAUGAAAAUAGAUAAGGUAAUGACUACUGUAGGGGUUCUGGUACAUUUGGAAAUCAUUCCAAGCCAAAAAAAAAAAAAAAGUUCUACAUUAUGGAUGGGAAACCAUGUACAACCAAGCAAAUAUCUCUUUGAAAAAGCAAACACCCUCAGGCCUUGGGGUUUCCGAGGAAAGGACAUCAAAAAUGAACGGAACGGUUACAUAUUUAAUGGAUUCAAUAUUAAACCUACCUCCUGUAGCAUUUUUUAAAAUUGAUCACUGUGUAGGACAGUCCUGGCCUUCAGAAAGAGCUGAGGCCAUAUGCUCUAAGAGUUUCCAGCUCAGCUCAAGCAUAGAGUCUCCCCUUUAAUGGGCCAUCAGAAAGGGUAGAAGCCAAUGGUCUGGCCCUGGUCUGGAUCUUUAAACCCACAAACGUUUAAUUUAAAAGACAUGAAACUGUAUAGUCACAGAAAUACCAUUUUCUGCAAAACCUCCCGGGACAGUACUGGAGCAUGGCUGGCUUAGCUGCCAAUCCUCUGUGUUUGGCUCAGAAGAGCCCCUCAUGGGCUGGUGCUGUCUGCUCUGGGAUUCCAUUUGUGGGUUCGGUUGACGGGGAGGGGUAUGAGAAAUGGAGAGUUAUUACAAGACCACAUGAGAGAACCUUAAAGGUAGUCAUUUUCAGAGCCCUAUAUUCCAGGAGUACACAUUUAAUGAAAUAGAACCCAGUUUAGAACCCAGCUUUACCUAGUUAGGCUGUGCUUUAUCACAUUCGAGGACUGUUUAAGAAAACCAGAAGCCAAGAAGGAAGUAAAUACCAUGGCCGCAAAUCUCACUUUGAGAGUUCUGCUUACCUCUGUGGAGGCUAUAACCUAAAACCCAUGCAAUUUCUGAAGAAGAGAAUUUAGCUGGCAAGUACACAGCCAUUACAUUAGUGACAGCCCCCCUAGCCCAUCGUAGUAGCUGCCCUUAGCAAUUAGGCAGAUGUGUUUGCACUGGGAGAUACUCAACAGGCAGUUUGCAUUUGGACCUUGUAACCAUUUCUUUGCCUAAAGGAUUUCUGAAAUGUAUUUCCUGGACUUCUCGUAAUAUCCAUGUUUUAUAAUAUGUGGGGCAGCAGUUUUAAUUUUUUACAUGUCAGUUUUAUUUCACAUAUUUAGAUUUUUUAUCAUAAAGAUAGAACAUGCUUUUUAUUAAAAAAAAAAAAAGUUCUAAUAGCACAGAUGAGAAUCACAGGCAAGGUCAAGAUGUUCCUCUGCGCUCGUGUAGAGACCUGAGUCCCACACCCCAGAGAUAAACAGUGUUAACACUGAUCAGCUUUGUUGCUUGUAUGUUAUGUCAGAAAGACUCUGUGCACACAGCACCCCCACACACAUAUAGAAAUGUAUUUAUUUGUAUACAUAAUAUACAAAUAUAUAAUAUAUAUACAUACGUUAUUGCAUAGGUUUCCAGUAGACAAAACAUUUUAGAGGCAUGCUAAUCAUCUCUCUGUGUAUCGUUAACACCAACAGGCAAAGACAGGCUAACAGGAAUUUUUCAUUUAUUCUUUGUUGUUUUUACUGCUGCUAAGUUCAGUUCCCUUAUUGCAGCCACUCCAAUUACACAUGGUGUUUGCUAUUGCCUGUGUCAUAAAAUCCAUGACCAAGAGGUCUUAUAAUUUUUUAUGUUACCUUCCAUGAAGCAUGAGACCUACCUGAGCCCAGAGACUUGUCUGUGCUAUUUUUGGAUCAUAGAUGGAGAGUUUCUUUCUCUGUCAUGCUCAUUCCACUUUACAAGGCUGAGUUUGCAGGGCUGACACUCCAUACAUUGCCUAAUGAUAUUUAAUGAGGGCAAGCUACUGCCAGGAAGGUGUAGGAACUUGGGUACGGGCUGGGGUCUGAGGAGCUUGGCUUCCUUCCAAUAGGAGUAGCUCAUGAAAAAUCACUGAAAACAGCACCAUCUUUUAUUCAGUUUUGCUGUUUAAAAAUAAGAUAGAUCAUUGUUGAAAUGACGCAUCAUAGCCAUCAAAUAAAAUGAAUUGCUCUACUUAAAUGGAUUAUUUUCAGUUUAGGUAAGAAAAAAGUAGAACAUCUAUUAAAGGAGAGACUUUUCUAACUGAUUUUUAACAUUUAUUUGUAUAAAGUCAUUUCUGCCCAGGUCUCACUAGAACCUUCUCUGAAUCUGUCUACUUUCUCAUUCUCUGAAUUCCGUGUUCAGCUGAUUGCUGUAGUGUUUUUCUCUGUCUGGUCUCCCAGAUGGACUUUGGCCCCGUCCCUUUCUGUGUCCUGGUCUUGACUCAUCUCUAGUCCCUCCAGUUUCUGACCAUCACAAGAGUCCUCCUGGACUUUCAGCCACCACCUUCAGUCAUUUUGUCAUACAGACACCCAGAUCUUCCCCAGGUAUUCUGCUCAGAACGUAUCAGAAUGAAAUUGGCCUCUGAGAGAAGUAUCCAUUUUGCCUGAAGGACAAAUAGAUGUCCACUGACUUUGAUCAUCUUACAGAGUUACAACAUGCCUUAUUCUGAGAAGCCAUCUGCCAUAGAGGUUUAGCACACAUCUGUCUCAGUUCCACCGUGGGUGUCCACAAUCAUGGCAGCUUCCUCCACAUCCGGUGACGUAAACCAUGUACUCCCCUAAGUCACCUAGAUGACUGGAUUAGAUACGUGUUAUACCCCUAGUGGCCAUCCAUGGAUUUUGGGCUGUCUCCCCACAGUUUACUGAGAAGCCUAAAAAUAAGAACUAAGCAAGGAGAAGUGCCCUUGGAAAACCUGCUCUCCCAGGACACAUAGCACUGACCUGGUCCCAAAAAGAAAGCAGAAGAAAUAAUUCUUAGGUUGUUGAAGCAUUGUCGUUUGAAGUAGAGAUUUGAAUAUUGAAUGGUAUCCUCAUAGUAGACAGAUUCCAGAGUCUAUAUAUGUAUUCAGGCAUUCUGCAUGCAAUCAUAUGUUCAUGAGUCAAGCAUACAUUCAUAUAUUUAAUCAUUUAUAUUAAAAAAAAUUAUCCCUUACUCUGAUGCUGGCAACAUGCUAAGGAUCUAAGAAUGAAUGCAAGAGCCAAAACUCUUGACUUCACAGAGCUGGCAACCUAGGGGAAAUGCACAUGGUACCAGGGAAGCGUGCCCUGGGGAAUCCAUCAGGCCUUUAUCGUGCCAGUCACUCUUCAGCCAGCACUGUUUGGGCUCUAUGAUAUAUGAAAUGAGAAUAUGAAUAUGAAAGAAGUGAUAUUUUGCAUUUCCUUUUCCUAAGAGUCUUGGUCCUGUUCUUCAAAAGGUAUUUGCGAGCAAGACUUUAAGAUGAGACAGAAAUACAACUCAAAUGAGAGCUAAAACUCAUGCUAUUUCUCAAGGGUGGAACUAGAAGCAAUAGGCAAAAUUUGCAGUGGGUUUUGACUGAAUACAACAAUGAAGUAUAAAUAUUGUCCAAUAGUGGAGUAGGCACCCUUACAGAAUUCCAUGUGUUCAGCCCGUGGGACUGUUUGAACAGGGACUUCCUGACCACCUGGAAGGAUGCUGUGAUUAGGGACCUUUAUCCAAGGGGCUGGAAUCAGACGCUGUGAGUUUUUGAAGUUUUGUUGUUGUUUUUUUUUUUUAAAUGAUGAAUGGCAGGCCUUCAUUUUUUAAAUUUAUGAAAAUCUUGAUUUUCAAUCUUUAAAACACAUUGAGAGGAAAACUCUGGGAGAGAAUGACUUUUGGUUAUCAUUAAAAAAAUUUUAAACCAACUAAGCCUGAAUUUAAGAGACAGUGCAAAGCAAACAUACUAAGGGGUCUAACUUACUCCAAAAUGCUUCUGGAAGCAUCAUGGAUUUUGAUGAAUAUUCUUAGGCAUUCUUAAGUCAUAUUGGAAAUCGGUUUUUGAUAUUCUCACAAUUAAAUGUAAUCUGUAACCACAGAAGAAAAUUUUACGUAAAAGGUAUUUGGGAUCCAAGUAACAGACACAAAAGGCAAUCAUGGAAAAUGGCUUUGCUUCUGCGGCAGGCAUGAUAACUGCUAGGGAGCACUCACCCAUGGAGAUAAGUGAUGAUUCUGAAUGUUUUCCAGAGUUUUCGUAUUUUGAGCCAAAUGGCAUCUGAAAGGGAUCCCUUCGUGGUGGGAACAACUGAAACGAUCUUAUUUCUCAGUCUUUUAGUGAAACACAGCUUUCAAUAGAAAAUAGUUUAAACACCUCGAAUGUAUACUGCUUACUGUUAUUAUACUGUUUAUUACAAUUUCAGUAAUUUUUAAAAUUUUAGUGUUUUAACAUUUCAAUACCCUUGUGACAGCUUUGAGCUUCGGUACAAACCCAUGAGGUGGAUCAUGCAGAUCAUUUUAGAUGAAUAAACCAAAUCUCAACACAGUGUAUCCAACUUGCGCAGGUUCAUAUAGUAAAUGGUAGAAAUGCCGCCAGAACUGACAUCUCUACAUUGUUGCAGACUAACACGUCCACAGUAGAUGUUGGCUAAGUAAACAGUUUCCCACCCUUGCCUUCACUGCUGUUUUACACCAUGCAGAUUUCCAUAAUUUAGAAGGUGCCUCCUUGAAAAGAUAAUGACUUAGUAUCCCACAGUAAGAGUUGGGUAGAACUGAGGGAAAAUAUGAAGUUAAAAAUCAGUUUUUGCUAUCAGAAGCUUAUCAGGUUGGGCAAAGUUCAAGGGGAAAAAGGUCAAAUGUUUUGGUGCUGGGGGGGAUUUCACGAGAAGCUAAUACUGAGGAUGACUUCCUGGUUUCUCUAUGAGGCUCAACAUUUAAAAAUGUUAGUAUUGUCUUCUCUCCUUGGAAGUCACUACUGGAAUGAUAUUUUAGAAUUCUGUACCAAAAGGUGUUGAAAAUGGGCUUGCCAUUCAAGAUCUCUUUGCUUUAAGCGGGUGGGCAUGCAAAGCUUUGUCUGUCCUACCGUCACACACACAGAGGUCUGAUACACCUGUGGGAAGUUCUGUUGACCUUGAUAUGGGAAGAAUAAGCAGACCAGAGAGAUUCUUCAAUUCCUGCUCUCAUCUUUUAUAAGGCACCUCGACGGACAGAUCAGUGACUGUGUGGAAGAAGGAUGUUUGAUCUGGAAAGAGGACAAAGUUAGAUCAGGAACAGAAAUGUCUGGAGGAGACGGGUCAAGUAGAAUGGUGAGAUUCGAGUUCUCCAGGGCAGACAAUCUGCAGAAGAAAGCAAGGACAGAAGAGUUCAGAACAGAAAUGAAAAGGAGGUGGCCUUAUUACUUCUAGAAGGAUUUCUUUUUUUCCUAAACAUUACAUCCAGAAAAAUGGAUGGGGCUUUCUGAAAAACAAAGUGACUUACUGCAGCUAGGGUUUUUUUCUAGUAUUUCAGUGAAAAUUAACCAAAUGAGGGAACAGGAAAAAGCCCUUCCUUAACUGUGAGGAAGCUUAGACUAAAAGACUUCGGUGAUACUUUCUAGUUUUGGAUUUCUGUGAUUUUGGAUACAAGCAGAACUCAUUUAGAACCCUAAGCCUCUCUAGGUUCCUGCCAUGGAGAUGGCAAUUAAAGCUUUUUUGUAAAAACACCAGCCAUUGCAAAUAUAUCCCAGAUCAUUGAGAAGCAGGUAUUUCAUGACCCUAAAACAAUUUGCUUUGCUUACAUACACACCUGCACGUUUGCACACACGUGCGCGUGUGCACACACACACACACACACACACACACAAACUCUCUUUGUCUGUUGCUAGCCAAUUUCCAAAUCUCCUGAGUAAGAUAUGUGUUUCUACUAAGGCAGAACAGUCACAGGUUCAAUAAUCAAAGAGAAAAAAAGGGAUCUAGUGCCCAUUUUCCUACUUUCUACCCAUUUGUUGCUUGGGGUAUGUGGUUGUGGCUGGGACUUAGAGAAGGGGCAGAAGAUCUCUAUUUUCUGGUAAAGAGGCAUAGAGAGAGUUUUUAUAACUUAUUGCCAUUAGGUAGGACUUAAUCUUAUAUCACUAGACUAGUGUUGCUAUAAUGUUUGUGGACUAUAGUUUUUUUAAGCCCAUUUUUUAAAUCUUUUUUAAAGAUUUAUUUAUUUUUAGAGCAUGCGUGCAUGAGUUGGGGGAGGGGCAGAGGGAGAGACUCUUUCAAGCAGACUCCCCGCUGAGUGAGGAGCCUGAUGUGGGGCUCAGUCCCACAACCCAUGAGAUCACAACUCCAGUCGAACCAAGAGUCCCACGCUUAACUGACUGAGCCACCCACGGGUCCUGUGGACUACAGUUUAAAUUGCCUGUCCUCCCUUUCUUCCAUAAUAAGACCUGAGUUCCUAGAUUUCAGGUUGGCUUGAUGGAAGGCACCGUUGAGAUAGUCUUAAAAAAUGGACUCUUAUCUGGAUUCUUGCUCAGAAAAUGCUCCCACUCUACCUUCUCCCCCACCUCUUGCCCCUGAAGGUAAAGGAAGAGCAGAGAUAUGAGCAAAAAAGAUUCUCAAGAGUAGUACAAUAAUAAGGCUCCAGUCUUCACACAAAUUGCCAUGACAACCCACACAUAAAUAAUAUAUACCCUCAGCAAACUUUGAUCCUCAUGAAAAGCAAAUUCAGAAGAUGUAGAAAAAGAUUGAACUUGUUGAAAGUGGCUUCAAGGAAUAUCAUGAAAUUUUCAAUCUAUGCAGCUUAGAAGAAUUAUGUGUGGAAUUUAGGGGAGGAGAGAGUUCCUAUAAUAGAACUAUCUAAUAGAGCUUUCCUCAGGACUGGGUUGUUUGUUGAAGGAGUUUCUCUACGUGCUUAUAGGAGGUUAGACCUGUCCACAGAUUUGUGAUCCUGUAUGGUAAAAUUUGAGAGAAAUAAGGACGACUUAGGGUUUUUUCAUAAGUCUAAAUAUAUUCAAUCCUUAAAAAUUCAAAGACUAACUUUUUUUUUUAUUUGGGGGUUACAUAUAACCUUUCUUCUUAAAAUUAUAAAAUAGGAGAUGUUUACAAAUUGUCUUUACUUGUAAAAAUAAACCAAUGACAGCUCUAAAUUGGUUUACCCUAUAUUUUGUUUUAAAUUUAUGGGUAACUCUGUGAGAUAUGUUGGUGAGAUUUAUCAUUUUUAAGAUACUAUCCAGCUUUGAUAUUUACUGCACCUUGUAUAAGGAAUCCAAAUAAUUCCUGACCUUUUGGGUUUUAUUAACUCUUCAAUUUUUCAUUCCCUGCCCUCCAUUCCUUAUUGGUUGGACUGAGGCUCUGACCACAUGCCUAAUUUCCAAUGCGAUUAGAACUCAGUUCUAUGCUUGCUAACAUCCUGAUUGUGGGCUGGGAAGUGUGGGUUUCUUGCUAUCCUGGGAAAUGAGAUUCAGAACUUUCAUAGACAAAAUAUUCUAGCACAAUAGAAUAUUUGAUAAAAUAUUCUAGCACAAUAGAAUAUUUUGCAACUCAUCUUUGUGAAGGUAGAGUCUGAAUUAGUCUCAGUAAAGGUUAGCUCGUCUUUUUUUAAUUACUAUUUAUUUAUUACCAAUGGUUAAGUGACAACCAUGAAUCUGAAUAUAAUAUGGAUCACAGCUGAUUGAAAGUGGGGCAAACCAUUCCUGUAAAGAGUUAAGGAACAGAGGACGAUCUCAGUUCCAUACAAAUGAAUAUAUUUCGUUGAAUGUGAUUUCUGAGUGGGAAAAGAUUCUUAGGCACCCAGAGUACCCUUGGCUGUGGGUAGUUCACUCUCAGAGUCUACAUCUGUAUGAAGGAUUGCAGUCACAUUAUAAAGGGCUCUUUCAUGAUUUCUGAUUCUGCCCUAUCACAUCCCAGAGCCAUGCUUUUGCAAAGCUGCCAGCUGGCAGGUGGAAUCCAAAAAAAAAAAAAAAAAAAAAAAGUAGCAGCUGUGGCAGUAAGUUGAUGAAGUUUUAUUUCCAGGUGAAGUGGGAUCCAGAGAAUAUGAAAUGGAGGGGGGGAGGGGGGGAAGGGAAGAAUGGAAUUUUUUUUGUAACAAAGUCAUAAAGUAUUUUUCCCUAAUUUUCUUGCAUUUCCUAUUUAUAUAAAGUAUCUUGAUCACUGUGUUGCUCUACAGAGAUUUUCAACGGAAUUAAUUUGGGAGACUGAACUAAUCUCUGAAAACGAAAUUGACUAGUUACAGUUACUUUUUGGACACUUUUUCUGUAUUGUGAAUUGUGUGGAAAUGUACAGAAUAAAAAUUAA